AUGGCCACGCAAGAUCAAGUCACCAAGAGGCUUCAUAUCAGCGGCCUCAAACCGGAAAUCACAGCCGCACAUCUCAGGGACAGGUUCUCCCUCUUUGGGAGUGUCAGCGAUGUCGAGGAAUUGCAGCCCGAUGCUCUUGGCGACCCCCGUCCGUUCACCUACCUUACCCUCCAAACCACCCCUGCCCAGUUGAAGCGCUGCCUGAAUACCAUGUCCGGUUCCCACUGGCGCGGUGCUCUCUUGCGAAUCGCCGAAGCCAAGCCCAAAUUCGACGCACGCCUCCACGCUAUGAACAAUCCCGCUCCCGAAAUCGUCGACAAGAAGAUUGAGCAAAAGCGCAAGAGAGUGAUGAGGGCCAGGGCGGAGGGCGUCGGCAAGUUGGCGCAAGACAUGUACCUUGUCGAUGCUCAGAGAGCUACAAAAAAGAAGUUUUGGGUUGUUGUGGAGGAUGGUGGAGAGACACGGGUGGUCAGGCCUAUGUGUAUGCGUCCCGAUAGACCUAUCGGCGUGCCAGGGAAAAAGAUCGGCCUCAAGAAACGUGCCAUGGCUCCCGCCAGGUCUUUCAGAAAAGUCAUCAAUCCUCUCAAAUGGGGCUCUUCCCUCUCUACCUUCCCUCUAUCCUUUCCCACGUCUAUCGGUGAAGGUGAAUGGGAAUUCGAAGGCUUCUCCGAUGAGGAAGAAGAAGAGGACGAGGACGGCCGAGUGCCCAUCGGCGUUUGGCGAAAGGUCGUCGACUCCGAGGUUGUGGACGAAGAGGUGGUCAGAGGCAAGAAGAGACGGGUGGAGAGCGAUGGUAUGGACUUCGACUAUGGUAUCGACCUCGCUCUCGACGACUUUGCCGUCGGAUCCACCGCCAGCACCCCUCUCUUCGGUCAUCGAGAGCUUCCCACCGGACGCGAGUCCUCGCCUCUGUUCCCUUCUCAUCGGGAAGAGAGAGAGGCAUCUCCCCUGUUCCCAUCUCACCAACAAGAGAGGGAGAUAUCUCCCCUUUUCACCUCCCGAGCUCCUCCUGCUGAAGAGGCAGAUGAGGAGGAGGUCGAAGCCAAGUCUUCGCCCUUGUUCGCCUCUAGAGCCGUCGAAGCAUCUGUAGAACCGGAAGAGUCAUCCUCUGCCGAAUCAUCCCCUCUUUUCCCCACUCGCGACCUUCCCCGCUCUGCCAACCCUUCGCCUUCUACCCAAGCGGCACGAUCAUCUCGUCCUCCUUCUCUGAGGCUUGAUACCCCUAUCUCUUCGUCCCCCGAGCCUGAGCUCGAAGUAACCGUCCCGACUACUACUCGUCUACCAACUCCCCCGCCGUCUUCCCUUCCCAAACCUCUUGUUCAUCAAGCAAAGCAAGAGAAAACCGCGGCUCUUUCUGUCUUGGACGGUCUUCUCGACUCUUUCCAGGUGUCGCCGGAGAGGGAGAAGCUCGGGAGGGAUAGCUUUAGGGGUUUCUUAGAGGAGAGUGACAGCGAGGAAGAUGGAGAGGUGGAGAUUGGACGGGGCAAGAAGAAGGAGAAGAAGGGGGUGCCGGCCGAGUCGGUGGUAGAGAAAGACGAAGAGAUAGUAGUCGAGGAGCCUGAUCUUGCUCCCCCACCUCAAGAGGCGACCGAGCCGUCAGACUCGUCCGAAGGCUCGUCAUCGUCGUCAAGCGGGAGCGAUGAGAGCUCGGAGGACGAGAAGAUGGAUGUCGACAAGCCUGCGGGAGAUGACAAGAAGGAAGAGUCCGGUGAUGAUUCAAGCGAGGGGUCUAGUGAAGAUUCUAGUGAGGAGUCGGGCAGUGGAUCAGGAAGUGGGUCCAGCUCUGGUUCUGGGGACGAUUCAAGUGAUGAUUCUUCGGAUUCAUCGUCGUCGGAUUCGGACUCGGACUCGGACUCUGAAUCCGACUCGGACGACUCUUCAGACGAUUCAGAGUCGGAUUCGGAUGAACCUGCCAAGCCCCCCGCCGUCGACCAACCUGCUCAACCUUCUACUCUCAAAUCCAUGUUCGCCCCUGCUCCCGCCACCACAUCCACUUCUCUCUUCGGUCUCCCGUCGUCCACCCCAGCUACCAACAGCGCAGGAUUCUCACUUCUCGCCAACCUCGCACCAGAUGUCGAGCUGGAUGACGACUUUGACAUCCCUCUGCCCUCCAUCUCUGGCCCUUCUCGCCCUGCUCAGGGUGAGGAUGAGCUUCAGCCGUUGCCUAUGGUGGCUGGUGGUCGCGGCAAGGUCAAGCUGGAUCUGGAGACAGCGGGCGAGACGCCCUUGUUCUUCACUUUGCCUGGUGACAGAGAAGGAGCUGAGCGAGAGAAGGGAAGGAAGAAGGGCGAGAGCAGGAAUGGUUUCAACGAGCUGUUUUUUGGUCUUCCCAAGCCCGAGGUGGAGGAAGCAGAGGAAGGCUACGGGGGACGAGGAGGACAUGGAGCGCGUGGAGGACAGACGCAAGGAGGCUUUGGGCAGGGAGGCGAUGCGCAAGGUCAAGGUUGGGGUCAAACUCAGGAUUCUGGUUAUCGCACCCGACUCCAUCCUUCUCAACUCCACCCAGACCUUCCUGAAGGCGAAGAGCCUCCUAUCUUGGGCUUCUUCUCUCAGCCGAGAGAGGAUACGAAAGCUAUGAAGGCGUUAUGGGAAGGAGAGAAGGCGGCUUUGACGCAGGGUUGGAAGAGGAGGCACAGGGAAGCUAGGAAGAUGAGGAGGAGAAAGGGUGGAGAAGAGGGAGAUUAG